GGCCAGUAUUGAUGCAGUUUUUCAUUCCAACCAAGCUGAAGCCACGUCUGAGUCUAGUGAAAGUGAAACUGAUUAAACAGGUGCGAUCAGCUGUGCCUCCUGCUUGAUUGGACUGAUUGGACUUGAUUGGACCUGCACCCACACCAGCCCUUUGCGGAUAACAUUGGACACCUGUGGCAUACAUGUUUUGAACCCCCUCCAGAAUUAACGGACACCCUGGAAACCCCACCCCCUUCCACCAUCUAACCUUCAGUAAUCCUCUCGUCUCUGCUCAGUUUUCCUGUUUGAAAGAUGCACUGACUAGGCAUCAUCGCUUUCUGUCAAGAAAAAUAUAAAUGGAGAAUGUUUUGAGUUUGUUAAUGUUAUAUAGCUACCAUUGGUUAACUUGGUAUUAGGAAAAGUUUCAGCCGAAAGAGUACACACACAAUCAUUUACACCUAGGGGCACUGUAUUAUAUCAAAUCAAUCUUAUUUUUGGGAAGGGUGUGUAAGAUCACUUUUUCUCACAUACACAUGGUGUGAAAAAACACUAUAAAAAUAGACAUGUACAUAAGACAUAUGUGUGACCAAAAAAAACAAAAAACAAAAAAAACCCCCACAAAACAGCUCGCAGGUUUAAUCCUUUUUCUGGACUUGAUAUUUUUGAACAGAUUUUCCAUUGUAAUUUUACAUUAACAUUAGAUUUUUCCAUUAAACUCUAUACUGAGUUGCCAGUUUAUUAGGUACACAAUGAGUCCAAGGUUUUUAAAAUCAAAUUGAUAAUUAUUAACGGUAUUAUUAAAUGUUUUUUGACUUGAGAAACGAAAGGAACUAUUUGUUAAAUGGAAAAAUCUAGAUCUAAAUGUCAUCUUUAGCACUCUAGUUAAGUCAAACCACAAAUGUUUUAUAGUUUACACUACUUUAAGAAAUCUGAGAGCGAGCAGUUAAUAACGUCCACAAAAGGUUCGCUUUCAUAAUUUAAUUGCUAUUAUUCUGUAUCAGUCUGUGAUCGCCAACUAACUUGUUUUGCAGACAUGCAUCGAUCUGUAAGUCUGUUUUACUCCAAAGCACAUUUUUUAAGCCUGUAUCUGUAAUCUGUAGCCAGUAUAGCAUAUAUUGUGAAUGGAGUAGAACAUUAGACACUUGUCAACAUGUGCAUAGCAACAGAUACAGCUACAAGGUGUCCUAUAUAAGUAGCCCCUGAUGAAAAAAACAAUAGAAACCAUCAUAGAAAUUCUAAUGGUGUCCAAUGCAAAUACCAUUACAAACCAUCAGCUAACCAUUAAAACCAUGACCAUUAUUGGUUCUUAAUGGUAUCCACUACAUAACAUGCCACCAAUAGAAGGCAACAAGUUACCAGUCAAGACCCACAGGGACCAUUACAGUUCCAUUAAAACCGGUAGAAUUCCCCAUAUAACCAUUAUUACACUUACACAUUAUUACCACUAUUACAAAUUCUAUGAGGCUUUCUAUAGUUUCUUUCAGCAGGGGCAUGUGUUGAAAGUGUAGUUACACAUACAUGUAUUUUACAAAACUUGCACCUCGAUGUAAAAUGAUACGUUACAAAACAUUACUUCUGUAUAUGUUUCCUGCCACUUGAAAAUAGAUCUGGUUAUGAUUGAUAUCUUGCUUAGAAACACCCUGGUGGCAAAUGGCGCAACAUGCAUGCGGAAAUUCACAUGAAAUUUUUUGGCCGCUGGUUGGUAACAUGCUCUUUAGUUCCCCUCAGCUUUAGCGUGAGAAGAAGAGCUGAAGGAUCUGCACUGAAGCUGCAUGAUGGAUAUAUUAGUGAAAGAAGGCUCGCUGUUUUUACAGGGAGUCAAAUUUGGAAAGAAGAUCUGGAGGAAGAUCUGGGUGAUGGUGUUUAAGCCCAGCCAGGUGGGAAUCGGUCGCAUUGAGAUGUACGACGUGCGGGAAGGCACGGGCGUGUCGGCGAAGCUUGCCAUUCUGAAGAAAACUGAGAAGCGGGUGAUCCGGCUGGCGGAUUGCCUCAGCGUGACGCCUGCGCUGGGUGAAAGCUGCCCGGCAGGCUGCACCGUCUUUUACCUCAACACAGCUCAGCGCAUCUACACGCUGGCAGCGCCGACGCAGGAUGAGUGGGUACCUGCCCUCUGCUCUCUGGCAUUUCAGUGGAACGAGGGUUGUGGUGAAGCCAGGGGAGUGCGAGAAGAUGGUGAUGAUGUUGAUGCACCCAUGACAGAGAAUGACAUCUACUCGUCUUUGAGUCCAGGUCAGUUCCAGGUGACGGUGGCAAGCUCAGAGGCAUCCAUGCGCUGCUGCAUGUUUGGAUCAUACCUGCUGUCCCCUGAGAAAGAGUCCCUGUGUCUGCUGAACAUGAAGACGGGCCAUGUAGCAUUCUGCUGGCCGUAUCGCUUUCUCCGCAGAUUUGGCCUGGUCAAGGAAGGACUAACUAUCGAGGCUGGCCGUCGUUGCCAAACAGGAGAGGGCCUCUUCAUUUUCCUCUCCAAGCAGGGGCCACAGAUCUAUCAGGCUAUCGAGGAGGCCAUCAUGCAUCAAAGUGUGCAAGACUUGCUGUCCAAAGCUACUGCUCUGCCGCAAGACAAUACGGACCACCUACCAGUGCAGACAGCCAGUCCAGCACCUCCAAAAAUAAGCAUCUCCCGAAGAAACCUUGCUCUUCCUGCAGUCCCCAGCACGAAACCCCCUGUCAUAAGCCCUGAACCUGAAUGUGAUCAAGCGGUGUAUGCCAAGGUGAAACCUCUGCCCAAACCAAGAAAGAUACCGGCACCUCCACCUUUGCCGGUGUCCAAACUAAUGGCUGUGCCAGAGACAGAGACAAAGCCGCAAGAUUUGGACAUUAGUGACAAGGAACUUGACUGUGCGUCCUGUGACUGGAACCAGAAAGCCCAGUUGAGGCAGGACAGUUCUGACAGUCAGCUGUACAGCACAGUUAGACCUCUGCUACAUACCAGAAGAAAACCCGACAUAGAUACCAACCAAGAGAAUCCUAUAAGCAGCCAACAGCCUCCCGUAUUUGGCUACAAAGAAGUCCCGGUCAACUUCAAACAAAUGCUAUCCAAUGUUCUCUUCAAAGACGUGACCAGAAUCGUACCAUCUCCUACGCCCAAAUCAUACAGAGAGAGCUCAGAUCUCUUGGAUGAACCGGAAUACUAUGAGAUCCAGAAAUGAGAGAACCACUAUUAAAAGCAACCCAAACCUAGUGUUUUUGAAAGUUUUGAAGCAACCUGGAUCUGAUUUCCCAGCUUGUAAAGGUUUCGUGCAAAAAUGCUUUUUCUAUCAGGUCUCAAUUUGAUUUAUCUGGUACCAAUGGAAGGAUGGUAUGAAGGAGCUUGAAAUAGUGCAGACUGAUGAUUGAUAAAACACUAUCGUGACAGAACUGUCCUGAUAAUGUCUCUGACUACCAGACACAGCUGUGCUCUGUAGUGUAGUGACUGUAGGUCAAAGUUUCAUUCGCUGUUAGUCUAAAUGAAAAAGUUUAUACAUUCCUUAUGAUAACAACAUAAAAUCCACCAUUGUAAAGCUAUACUCACGUUCAGGUAUUUGACAAAAAACGCAUUCCUAUGUGUUUAGAGCUGAUCAGUUUCUCAAAACUGAUGUGAAUGAUCAAACAGUACCUAAGUCCAUCUUUAAUUGGCUGAUGUAAGUAUGCAUCAGUGUAUGAUAUGGCCAGAUAUGGACUGUGUUUCAUUGUCAUUGAAAUGAAUGGUUUGUGAGUAAGUUUGUCAGAAGAUAUUUAUUGCACUCUGCCUGAUAAAAUAGCUUCUGAGUGUUGCUGUAUUAAAGUCUUGGCACCCCUAGCUCUGCUUGGGUCGCUUGCUAUUACUUCUGUUGGCCAACAAACUUGCUGUAUUGCUCUUGUGAUUCACCCUAUUAUGGAAACAACCAACUGAGCCAAGAACAUCUGAAUGUACAAUAAGUCAUAUGUUGUUUUUAAAAAAUAUAUCAUAUCAAAGAAAAUGAACAUUUUGAGUAGUACUAUAUUAACUAUGCUCAUUACUAGUUAUCACAAAAGAUUGACAAAUUGACUUGACAAAUUGUGCAACAGGUACUUUCGGUUCCAAGAAGUGACCGAUUGACCCCAAACUCAAGGAACGCUCUUUCCGUAAUUACCAUGAUUAGAUCUAGAGCCUUCCUUUGCACUAUCUAUACAGUAACUGCAAUAAAAUUGAAAAUAUGUAAAGAAAAUUAUUUAAGGUUAUCUAAACAUGAUGAGUGUGUCAGAAGAUAUACACAUAAUGUAACAAUAUAUAAUAUCUGUAUAUUUGAUUUUAAUCAUAACAGAAUGUUAAUGGUGUAUACAUUAAAACAGUAAAUGUUA